AUGGAUCCGAUAGGCCGUGGAAUAGCACGUCGUGGACCUGGAGUACCUUGGACGAAUGGUAUUGUACCAUAUGAAAUCUCAUCAGUAUUUAUAGAUAUGUUAAACACAUCCUAUGAUUAUGCAUCAGUAAUGCACUAUCCACCUAAUGCAUUUUCUGUGAAUAAUCGUCCAACAAUCGAGCCACUUCAACCAAAUGUUACAAUUGGUCAACGUUUCAAUUUAAGUUCAAUCGAUAUACAAGAAGUUCGAAUUUUGUACAACUGCUCUGCUACUGGAGUUACAUUGCCACAAAUUACGAUAACCACAACAAGUAAUUAA